AUGGUCUCGACAAAUAGCUCUAAUCAAACCCUCCAUAGCAGAGGUUCCACGGAUAUCGAAUCAUCCCAUCACAAACGCUAUAGCUCUCUUGGUAGGAAUAAUAAAAGGUCGAUUUCAAUCGAACUGGAUUCCUUUAGUAAAGGAGAGAUGGAUGUUUAUCUUUGGAUUUCAGAUUUAGAGACUGCUGUGCGGGACCAUAUUACCAGGGUGGAGGUGUCUGAACGGCAUACGGUUUUUGAGAUGAUGGCAUUGAAUUAUAUGAAUUUUGUAUUAAAGCCCGAGAUUGAUUACCUGAUGAAGAUCGAACGAACCUCACGAGGCGGCAUUCUUUUUGAGGAGGAAAAGGCGCGGGAUCAGCUACUUCAUCAAACCCCACUGGUGUGCACGAUUGCGGAAGAGAUGAGGGCGCAUCUAAAACGAUCACUUAAAAUGACGAAGCUGGAUGCGCUACGUAGAGAGAAAGAACUCAACCCUAUUACUAAUAGCACGAAUAUAGUUAGCACUCACCUCCGCACGGAUAAGAGGAACUCUGAGGCUUCUCCAGAAGACGACGCUCGCCGUAUCGUUCAGCGCUAUUUAAAGGCCAAACGCAGACAAAUUGAUGAAAAAGGGGGUGAUUCGAAUAAUGGAAAUAUCCAUUGUCCAUCGAUUCAAAUGCGCCAUUCUUUCUCGGCUUUUGUGCAAGCAAUGGGCACGGUCGAGGAUGUCCCCGACCCCAACCUACUGCUGUUCUCAGAAGGCUCCCGUCGUCUUUCCAACCCCACAGUGCCUCUUAUAAAUUCCGUGAGGGGCAUUGGACGAAAAGCGAUCGGAAUCUCGGAGCUCGUACCUUUAAUUGAUAAAGUCACAGUUGAGCACCGCGCGCUCGUUCGCUCGGAGCAAGAAGAACGUCAAAGUAUAAUGGAAAUGGCGCGUAAUGAGGCUGAGGGGGUGGUAAAAUGGGAACAUAAACGAAUGCAUCUCGAGCGGCUUUUUUUCUGGCGAGAGCAGCGCUAUCGCGCACUCGGAGAGGAUCUACGAAAUACCGUUGAAGAGAUGGUUUGUAAAUUUCGCGCGAAAUCUAUCGAUCCCGCGGUGGAAGCUCAGCUACGGCUGUGCGAAAAGGCUGAAAAUACAGCGCGAAUUGGGAUUGAUAAUGAGGAGAAAACCUUCCGCGUUCUUCUUAGCACCCGCCAUGAUAAACUAUAUCAAUUGUAUUAUCGAAAUGGACUUGUGAAGGCCUACAAAAAAGCCUGGGAGGAAACUUACUCUGAAGCGCUUCUUGGGUUCUCGGGGUUUAUCGUAGAAAAUGAAAAAAAACAUCGCAUCUGGAUUCAUGUUCGCCAUUCGAAAUGGAUUAGCUUAGUCGUAGGGCCUCGUUUGAAAAUGCUUAAAUGCUUAUAUGCAGUCUCCAUAAAUGCUUCAAAAUAUAAUGCGUUAUUGAUCUUACAACGCGCUUUUCGUCGUUCAUUGAGUGGGCAACUUCACUGGCGUUUUUCCAAUCGAAUGAUUGGGCGUGAAAUACGUAAAAAACGCGAUAUCAAACGAAUUGAGCUCGGCCGCGAGGCGAUGAAUGCCUUCCGCGCGCAGCUAAAUUCUGAACGCGCGUUAAUGGAAAAGGAAGUCGCCGAGCAGUACGCUCGUCUUAGGUAUAAAUUGCUCCUGGAAGAGCGUGAUCUUCGUGAAGCUUUGUUAAUGCAAGAGAAAAUAAAUUUUGCGUUGAUGGAGUGGGAGUAUCAUGAGGGGUUUAGAACAGAGGUUAGGAGGUGA